GGAGUCGCGACGCGUCUGUCAACCACUUUACGCGAAAUUUCCAGGAUGUCAUCUCCGUCCAGAAGAAAGAAUGCGACAAGCAAGACAAUUAUCACAAAAAAAUCAACCAAAACUCUCAUCGCAGAAGCUAUGAAUAUUAGAGGACCAAAAGAUGAUUCUUUUGAUAUAGCAGAUUCAACGGAUUGGUUGGGGACGCCACUUUCUAAAUUCGCAGAUGUCGAUUCUUUAUUACGAUGUCAAGUCUGUAAGGACUUUUUCACUACGCCAAUGAUCACUUCUUGUUCGCACACAUUUUGUUCACUUUGCAUACGAAGAUGCCUCAAUAAUGACUCGAAAUGUCCAACAUGUAGAUCAAAUGACCAAGAAGUCAAGCUGAAAUCGAAUGCUGUUAUCGAAGAUUUAGUGGAAGCUUUUAAAAGGGCUAGACCGGCGGCACUGGAACUUGCGAGGAAACCUGUGGUGGAAUCUAUUGUUACAUCUCCGAAAAGGAAGCGUGAAAGAUCAGAUCUUGAUGAAGGGGACGAGAAAGCAAGUAAAAGGACGAGAGCUUCAACUCGCCAGGCAACAAGACGACUCGAGAGCACAGAGGCAGCACAGGAAGCGGUGAUAGUCAUUGACGAAGGGAACAAUGAUGCAGAUUUCGAACCUGAUGAUGGCCUUGCCGCAUGUCCGGUGUGCAAUCGACGGAUGACAGCGAAAAGUGUUGAAGCUCAUAUUGGGAGAUGUCUUGCGGAAUCCGAAACUACACCUCAAUCUACAAGUAUUUUAUCAAAACCCUCAAAUCAAUCAUCUCAGCCAGUCAGACGGCCGGAACGAUUACCUGUCGUCAAUUUUAGCUUAAUCAAAGAUCAGGCUUUAAAGAAAAAGCUUAUAGAUUUGGGGAUAUCGGCUGGUGGGGGGAGAGAAAUGAUGAGGAAGAGAUUAACAGAGUAUACGACUAUAUGGAAUGCCAACUGUGAUGCGAAAAAUCCGAGGAGUACCGGGCAGUUAAAGAGGGACCUCGAUUCUUGGGAAAGAACACUGGGGUCAAGAGCACCACAACCAAGCGCAUUGUCCGCUCAUAUCAAGGAUAAGGAUUUUGAUGGGCAGGCAUGGGGAGAAGAACACAAGAAUGGAUUCAAAGACUUGAUAGCCCAAGCUCGUCGGAAGAUGGCGAAAAAUAAGGAAUCGAGAGAAUCGGAACCAGAUCCUUUAGCAUCUACAACAGGAUUACCGGCAUCUAUUCAAGAUCCAUCAACUACUGCAUUCAGUGGGGAUGCUGGGAAGAGACAGGAAGAUUUGCUGCUAGAGAUUCAGCGCGAGCGGACAUCUGAAACUAAACCGGUACUACCUUUGCCAGGGACAUCAGAAGUCGGUAAUCCACUACCUAAUGGGCGAGUUUUCGCAGAAAAUGCAGGAAUACCGGAGUACGAGAUGGCUGCUCCACCCUCAUUACAAUAUGAUAAAAACAUGCCAAUAACGCAUGUACAAGAGCGGCAAGAUGCAUUUGCAGGUGCAGGAGCAGAUUUGAACAAAAAUAGGCCGAUGUAGCCAUAAUAGAUGAAACUAAUAUAUAAGAUACCCUUUCUCAAACUUUGAAUCCUUCCA